AUGACUACACAAAAAGCCAUCGUUAUCACUGAGCCUCACACUGAGAGCCUCGUGUCCGACAGGCCUAUCCCGCCUCUACGUGACGGUUACAUCCUCGUCAAGACCGUGAGCGUGGCCGUCAACCCCUCCGACUGGAAGCUCAUCGCCUUCCUUGCGCCGCCGGGCGUACUUGUGGGAUGCGACUAUUCGGGCAUCGUGGAAGCCGUCAGUAAAAACGUAAAAAAGAAAUUCAGCAAAGGCGACCGCAUCUUCGGGUUAGUGCACGGUUCCAAUACCGUGCAACCCGAGGACGGCGCCUUCGCCGAGUACAUCCUAACUAAGAGCGGUUUGCAAAUGAAGAUCCCCGACGACAUGAGUUUCCAAGUGGCCGCGACACUAGGGGCGGGCAUUAACACUGUGGGACAGGCUUUCAAGAAUUCAAAGUUGAAUCUGCCCACCGACCUCGUCAAGAACGCUCUGCCGAUCCUUAUCUAUGGCGGAUCUACAGCCACCGGCACCCUAGCUAUUCAAUUCGCCAAACCGUCCGGCUAUAGGGUGCUCACGACCUGCUCGCCGCACAACUUCAACCUGGUCCGCCAGCUUGGCGUAGACACCGUGUUUGACUACAAGGAUCCCGAGGCUGUGAAGGAAAUUCGCCAAUACACCAACAACAAUCUGAAGCUAGUGUUGGACUGCAUUUCGGAUGACUCUAGCAUGGAGUUUUGCGACAAUGCUCUCUCCACCGAGGGCGGCGAGUACAACACCUGGCCUGCGGUGGGUAUUGAGCGCCAAUGUGAAUAG